ACAAAAGCAUCCUAUAUGAGUUAACUCAGAAGAAGAAGAAGAAGAAGCGGCAUAGGAGUUAAGUUGACGUGGAUUAUAAUUGAGUCUACCUAAUUUCAAUUCAUCCAUCUUUCUUCUAUUAAGCUUUGAAACUUGAAACCACUUUCCAAACACUCUCAUCUCUCUACUCCAACUCCAACUCAAGGAACAACCACCCUCUUCUUCUUAUUAUUAUGUAAAUGUAACAGAAGAAGAAGAAGAAGAAGAAGAAGAAAUUGAAAAGAAGCCAUGUCUUUUGUUUUCUUCUGUUAACAACAAUCAAUCUCUCACUUCCUCUUUUGGAUUCUUUCCUUAUUACCAAAAUAUCUCUUUUCUUUCCUUUCGAUUUCGGAUUGGGCUUUUGCUCUUAUUCAAUUAAUUAUUUCAAAGGAACACACUUUCUCAACAACAUGAGCUGGAGCAGGCUCUUGAAAUCUGCGCAAGCACUCUCUGCACACACUUUUCUCUUGUGUUUUACCCUUUUGCUCCUUCUCAAGCUCGAUCAUCACCUUAAUUGCUCUUGGUGGAUAAUAUUUUCACCUCUUUGGAUGUUCCAUGGCAUUGUGGCUCGAGGAAGGUUUUCAUUACCUGCGCCAUCAGCUCCACGUAAUCGACAUUGGGCGCCGUGCCAUGCCGUUGUUGCAACACCAUUGCUUAUUGCUUUCGAAUUGCUUCUUUGUAUAUACCUUGAGAGCUUAUAUGUUAGUGGCUUUGCAGCAGUAGAUCUGAAGAUUGUGUUCCUUCCUUUACUAACAUUUGAAAUCAUUAUUCUCAUUGACAAUUUCAGAAUGUGUAGAGCUCUAAUGCCUGGGGAUGAAGAAAGUAUGAGUGAUGAAGCAAUAUGGGAAACUCUUCCUCACUUUUGGGUUGCCAUCUCCAUGGUGUUUUUCAUUGCGGCUACAGUCUUCACACUCCUAAAACUUAGUGGUAGUGUAGCUGCGCUGGGUUGGUGGGACUUAUUUAUUAACUUCACUAUUGCCGAGUUCUUUUCUUUUCUUGUAUGUACAAAGUGGUCCAAUCCUGUGAUUCAUAGAAAUUCCGGAGAACCCAGUUCUUCUUCAACUACAGUUAGGUAUCUUGACUGGAACAAUGGUUUACUAGUAUCUUCCGAAGAAGAUCAACGUCGGGCGAGAAUGUGUAGCCUGCAAGACAUAGGAGGUCAUUUCUUGAAAGUACCAGUUAUUGUAUUCCAGGUUCUUCUUUGCAUGCAUUUAGAGGGAACACCUGCUUCUGCUGCACAUAUACCUCUUCCAGUUCUUUUCUCUCCCCUUUUCGUACUGCAAGGUGCUGGUUUGCUGUUAUCUGUAUCUAAAUUUGUGGAGAAACUCGUGCUUCUUCUGCGAAGUGGAGCUGGUGGAGGACUUUAUUUUAGAUUUUCUUCUAGAGCUCAUGAUUGCUUGGGGUUCUUGCACCAUGGUUCAAGAUUAUUAGGUUGGUGGUCAAUUGAUGAAGGGAGUCGGGAGGAACAGGCACGCUUGUACCAUGAGGGAGCAUCUGGGUAUAAUACGUUCAGUGGUUACCCUCCUGAGAUUGUUAAGAAAAUGCCUAAAAGGGAUCUUGCUGAGGAGGUGUGGAGACUCCAGGCAGCUCUUGGCGAGCAGACAGAAAUUACAAAAUACAGCCAACAGGAAUAUGAAAGACUUAAAAAUGAGAAAGUGUUGUGCCGAAUUUGUUUUGAGGGAGAGAUUAGCGUCGUACUGCUCCCAUGUAGGCAUCGCGUCCUUUGCAGCAUGUGCUCGGAGAAGUGUAAGAAGUGCCCAAUUUGCCGCGACUCUAUUGCAGAGCGCUUGCCUGUAUAUGACGUCUAGGUGUUAACUUGACCAACUUUUUUGUACACAAGACCAUAGAAGAAAGUGACUAUAGGAAAGUGAAAAAAUGUUAUAUAACAGUUUUUGUUGUCACAUAAAUUCAGUGCCAACUUUUACAUUGUAUAAUACACAACAACUAAGGGGUAGGAAGAAUAGAGCACCUAGUUGGUACCUUGGAUUUUGAAUUUGGUGUUGCUUUGCUUUUACUAAUUUGUAUAUAUAAUAGAUAUUUAGAGGCUUUAUAAAUUAUUACAAUCAAUGUAAUGAAUUGUAGUCUACUUACUCUCUUUUUUUCUCAUGUUUAA